AUGACCACUACACAUACACCCGAGCCAGAACCUCCGGCAAUCAAGAAACAAAAGUUGGAGAAUACUUCAGAACAAUGUGCCUUCUACUUGGCGAAAAAGAAAAGAACAUGUCGAAUGCAACGUAAGGCUGGAAAUAUGUAUUGUUCAGAACAUAUGAUCCAAUCCAAGGACAGUACACCUGAAGUUUCCUCCAAGGGAGAGCGUGUCCCAUGCCCGAAAGACCCAAGACAUACAGUUUGGUCCAAUGACGUUGAAAGACAUCUUAAACGUUGUAAAAAAGUGGUGCAAAAGGAAGACCUUUGGUUUCAUCAAGAUUUCAAUGUGACAUUGCAAGACUCUAAAUUAGAAAAGACUAAGGUAAACGAGGAAAAUUCUACAGAAAUCAAUAAGAAGGAUCUCUUACACUCUUGUAUUGAAGAAUUAAGGAAACAUAAUACAUACCCACCAUUGGAAUUGAAUGUACAUGAACAUCCUGGAUUAAAUAAUAGAUUGGAACAAGUACAACAGAAGAAACAUCCUAUUCAACAAUCUUCCCUUAUAGGGAACCUUAAAUCCAAUAAUCUUUUGGGAUUGGGUCAUCGAUAUAUAGAGUUUGGUUGUGGGAAGGCAGAAUUAUCAAGAUUUGUAAAUUUAUCAAUCUUGGAAGAUUUGAAAAAUAACAGUGAUACUAAUUCAAUUGAGACACCCUACGGGUUUGGGUUUAUUGAUAGAGGAGUAAACCGUAUGAAAAUGGACCCCAAGAUUCUCUUGGACGUCAGUGAGUUCCUGCAAAUGAAAGUGACACCACCUACCAUUGUUCGUACAAGAAUAGAUAUUAAGGAUUUACAUCUUGAUACGUUCUUGGAACAAUUCCCUACAAAUGACACUGGCAUUGUAUGCAUUUCCAAACAUUUAUGUGGCGCAGCUACAGAUUUAACUCUUAAACUGUUGUUAAAUUCUCAAAUUUUUGCAACCAAAAAAUUUUCAGGAUUACUUGUUGCCAUGUGUUGUAGACAUGUUUGUCUGUAUGAACAACUUCUCCCACAUUCAAGAGAAUUCCUUGCCCAAAGAGGAUUUAAAGAUGAGAAUACAUUUGCUGUAUUGAAGAAAAUUGCAUCGUGGGCUGUAUGUGGUAGACCUGAAGGAAUGGGUGAUGAUGAUGGAAAGGACCAUACCAGUGGACUUUCUUAUAGUCAACGUGAAGAAUUGGGACAACAGGCUAGAAGACUCAUUGAUGAAAGUAGAGUUUAUGCAUUAAAACAUAGUUUACCAUCAACAUAUGAAAUCAAAAUCAAUUGGUAUGUUCCAAAGGAUAUAACGUUGGAAAAUGUUACGUUAAGCAUUCUUCCUCAAUGA